AUGGACCAAGAUUCCAUUAUAAAUAAAGAUGCGGGCGAUCCCAAUGAACUUCAGAUUUCUUCUGAUGAAACUUUGGAUAAGAACAGGAAUAUUCUUGAUUCUGCUAAGAAAGCACUUAAUUCAGUUUCUAAAGUUUUAAGAAGAAAAAUUCCUUGUACUGGCCAUUUGAUGACCCCUAGAAGACUAUGGAUCCAAACUAUUCCAACUCAUGACUGUGAUGUUAUCAUAAUGUUUCCAAAUGGAGCUUUGGAUACAAAUUUGAUGUGGCUACUUGCAAGACUAAGAGCUAGAACCCCAGGAUUGACAGUACAUGUCAGGCAUCAUGCUUCAUCAGAUAGUUAUGGAUUUUAUAUUACAGCACCAUUUUCUGUCUUACUUAAGGCUGCUGAAGAAAUUCAUCUUCCGAAAUCAUUGAAAUCUGAACAUGGAGGUGGUAUGAAGGAAUUUGUUUUAUCAGAUGCUCAAUCAUUUACAGGGAUUGAUUCUAUAGAACAUUUUUUCACUUCACAAGAAAGACAGUAUUUAGUUUUGCAUUUGCUUCACACAUUGAGAGCGGAUUCUUGUGAUAAUAUUGCAGGACUAAAACUGAUUGAUGGUCAAGCAAUUAUUCCAAAAUGUGAAUCUGAAGGGUUAAUAUUGCAAGUAUUUCCAUUACAUAAUCUUGAGUCUUUAAGGCAAUUGCAAAAUGAAUGGGUUUGUUCAUUUCUUCGAUCUCAACCUUUGGAUAAAAUUUGUAAUUACUUUGGUGUUAAAAUUGCAAUGUAUUUUGCUUGGUUAGGGCAUUAUACUACUGCUCUAAUAGUACCAGCUGUGAUUGGACUUGCUUUUUCUGUUGGUUUUGGACGUGGUGAUCAAGCAACUGAAGAUGUGGGAUUUGUUCUAUUCUCUUUCUUCAAUGUUUUAUGGUUUAGUAUUUAUCUGGAAGCAUGGAAAAGAUAUUGUGCAGAAUUAGCCUAUAGGUGGGGUACUUUAGACCAAAGAGAUGAACUUUUAGUUGAACCCCGACCUUUAUUUUCUGGUUCUUUAGAGGUCAGUCCUGUUACAGGAAGAUUAGAAGCCACAUAUCCAGCUUGGAAGCGAUAUGUUUUCAGAUAUUUUGUUACUGUACCAGUUAUUGCUUUCUGCCUUAUCAUUGUUUUUAUUGUUAUGAUGUUGAAUUUGAAACUUCAGGACUGGUGGGACCGCCAAAUAGAAGCUAGAGGUUAUGCUUUUUGCCUUAGUUAUGUGCCAAAAAUAAUGCUGGCUGUAGGCAUUACUCUUUUAGAUGAAGCUUAUUACAAAGUAGCUUGUUGGUUAAAUGAUAAAGAAAACUACCGGCUUGAAACCAAGUAUGAGAAUCAUCUCAUCGUUAAAGUGGCUUUGUUUCAGUUUGUAAACUCAUUUUUGUCUCUGUUCUACAUCGCUUUUUAUCUUCAAGAUCAAGAAAAAUUAAAAGAGCAAUUAGCUGCUUUAUUGAUUGCCCGCCAGGUGAUUGGAAACCUUAAAGAAUCUGCACUACCGUAUUUCAUGGAACAAGUUAGACUAGCUAAAAUGAGUUUCGAAAUGUUUGGUGCUUUAAGCCCUUCUGAGGCUCAGAAUAACCCAGAGAAAUCAACAAAUGGAAAUAGAAAUAUAAGUCAGGCUGAACUUGAAAGUUCAUUGUUUAAGUAUGAUGGAACGUUUGCUGAUCAUUUGGAGAUGUUUAUUCAACUGGGAUAUGUUGUGCUCUUCUCUUCUGCAUUUCCAUUGGCUGCACUUUGUGCUUUGAUAAACAACCUUGUUGAAAUGAGAAGUGAUGCUUUCAAAUUAUGUUUUAUAUUUCAGCGGCCGUUUGGUCAGAGAGUUCCUAAUAUAGGCACAUGGCAGAAUGCAAUGGAAGUUAUGGGGUUAAUAGCAGUACUGGUGAAUUGUGCACUUAUUGGACUAUCAGGACAUGUACAUAGAAUGUUUCCUGAAAUGUCUACUACACAAACAAUCUUGCUUAUAGUCGCAUUAGAGCAUGGUAUGCUGCUUCUUCGCCUAAUUGUAAAAGUAGCAAUUCCAGAUAUUCCUGGAUGGGUUGCUACAGAAAUGGCCAAGGUGGAAUUUGCUCGAAGAGAAGCAAUGAGAAAAUUCAGCAGUACUAGUGCACCACUUCCAAGCAGUGAAAUCUUAUCAACUGGGGAAUCAAGUACAAAAGCAAUUGGAAGAUUUGUUGUGACACCCUUACCUAAUAUUGAAGAAAAGAGUUUUAAAAAAGUAUCUAAUAAUGAUAUCAAACAAAUUAAUGAUAAUGAACGUAAUGAAAGUAAUUCAGAACCAAGCUUACCACCUACUGUUCGAAAGCCUAAACUGCCUAGUAACUGGAGACAACCAUUAUCUCAUCACAUGACUGUUGGCCCUCAUGCAUCCAUUGAUUGGGUCCAUAGAUUAAAUUUUGAAAGCUCUAGAAAAACCAGUGAACCAGAUAUGGGAGGAUCUGGUUUAAUUCAUCGCAGUAUUGACUGUCUUGCUUCAAAAAUGGAAACAUCAUCAGAUUCAGAUUUGCUGAGAUCAACUACUGCUCCCUGGCAAAGAGAGAGAUUUCAGUUACCAGCAAAUCCUCUUAAAAUAAAAAGUGACGCUGUUGAAACAAAAGAGGAUGAUGCAACUGUUAAAAAACAGAAGGCUAAACAAAGUUUAAUGAAACGAGCACGUAGUGUUGCAAUCUUUUCUCUGAAGUUAAAAGAAAAACGAGCUGCUGCUGAAGCUAAAUCAAGAGAAAAGUCAAUUUCAGGAAAAACAGAACCAAUAGGACAAGCUAGUGGUGAACUCUCUUACAUUCCUAUUGAAAAGCUAAUAUCUGUUGAUGAUGUCUCAUCUACUAGACGCCGUAAAAUGACAAAUAAUUCUAGUAAUUUAUAGAUCUCCAGAAUUUAAAAUUUUGUAAUUUUAUUUUAAUAAAUAUGUUUUAUAUUGUUAUUAAUUUCAUUUUAGUAAAUUUAUAAUUUCUCUUGAAGAUUUUGGUUUGAAUAAAAAACAAAGAUAGUA